GACACCUUAUUCAUGAAAAUUAAGUAAGAAUUGUGCCUGAUACGAUUUGCGAUGGUAACGCUGUCUUAAAUAAUUUUUAGCAAAAGUAUAUCAGGUGUAUUUGUUAAUAAAAAUAUAAAAAAAUUAAAAAAUAAAUAAUUUAAAUAUAAAAGAUUGGAUUUUCUUAUUGAUAGAAAAUAAAAAAAUUUAUCCGGUUUCUUAUCUUGUAGUUGUAUUACCGAUGCUUAUGUUUUGAAAUUUCAAAGUGGUUUAAACGUUAUUCAAAUUAGGUUAUUAAAUAGCGGUGUAUGUGUAUAUGAUAAGUUUAAUAAAUAAUAAUUAAGCACAGUACUUAAUUAUUAAAUAUAUUACACAUUGUAAAACUAUUGUUUGUUCAUUUUGUUUAAAAAAUCAUAAACAAUGGCUGUAAACACGUAUUUUUAUCGCAAUGUACUUCUUUUAACGGAAGUAAUUCCAACAAGUGAUGAAUUUAAAUUACAUUUCAAAGAGGGAAUGUUUAACAAACCCAAUACAAUUGGAUUUAUGCAUGUUUCACAAUAUUUACUAACAAUAUAUGAUGCAGAGUAUUUUAAAAAAUCCAUUCAGUGGCCGGUAACAUGCAAGAAAACAGAAGUGAAAUAUCGUAACAAUGUUAAAGAUUAUUUAAAUGUAAUAGCAAAAGAAAAUUCUGAUAUCAAUUUUCCUCCUAUUCUUACAUCUUUUUUGGUUCGCGCUCAUGGACAGAAGUUUAAUAUUAUUAUGUGGAAACUUUCUACAGUAGCCUUAAGAACUUACAUUAAAAGGAAUUUUGACCCAAAUGUUUUUUAUGCACCACGCUUGGGUUCUACAAACGAAUUGGUGAAAACAACUCUCCAGGAAAUAAAUAAAGAUACUAUUUCUAAUAUCAUGUCUCACCACAGAAAUAUGACCAAAAUGAAGGAAACAUUUAAAAUUAAUAUGACGGAAGAAAAAGAAGCAUGGUCUAACGUAAAGCAAGACAUUUUCGAAGUUAAACAAUCAGUGUUAAAUUUGGCGUCUAAGGCUCCGGUUGAUUCGAGCAUUAAAAAGUGCCUAACGAAUAUAGAAAAUACAGAAAUUAUAGAAUUAUGGAAACAACAUAUAAAGGAAAAUUUAUCGUAUAUAAGAAAAAAAAAUAAGUUUUUCAAGGAAGUACAAAUUCUUAGCAAUAAAAUCACCAAUAUGAUUUCGAGUAUAAUUAAUGGUACAGAAAUAUUAGACGCGCAUCAACUUGGAAAAGUACAUUCCUCUACGAUUUCUCUUCUUCCGUUGUCGACGAAUAUACAAUAUCUUCUACAUAACUUAUAUAUUGACGAAAAAUUGGUAUUACACAAUUUUCUUGCACUACUGAAUUUCUUAUUGUGUCAAGUGUAUCAAUGUUUAAAGAAAAAUGAAUUAAAAGAUUUAUCAAAGUGCCUUUUGCAAAUAGAAGCAAGCCAAGAAGAUAUUACAUCUGGAAUAAAAUCGUUUCAAAGUUUAACGACGUCUAUAGAAAGUAUUUCGACUAAUUUAAAGUUACAUUUCAAUCAGAAGAAAAUUAACGAAACGUUUCAAGAAAAUAUUUCGGCAUUUGAAAAUAAUAUAUUUUGUUCGUCUCCACCUAUCAAAAUUAAUACCAAUUGUUGCGAAGAGGAAAACGAUGUAUUAAAAAGAUUAAUGGUUACACCGGUAGAAGGUGCACACAAAUCAUUAUUUUCCAGAUACAAAAGACAUGGCAUCACCAAUGUACCUGUUUCCCAAUUAAGAACUAACUUGUUAGUAGCACGUACUAACUUUGAUGAUACUUUGUCGUUAAAUAAUAGCGAUAAAAUUUUACAAACUUAUUCGCAUCUGCCCAAAACGAAUUCUUCGUCUGUCAAACGCACAGGAAAAUAUUCACGUUUAUUUGUAUCGUAUGCAAAAAAGACCGGUGAAAAAGGCAACUGUAGUAUAAGUUCAAUACCAGAUUCUAUAAAAGCUAAUUCUACUACUUUAACAAGUAUAGAAGAAGCGCCCAACAUAUCGCAAUUUAAUCUGAGAAGUAUAACAAAGAAUUUCUUCGAUCUCAGAGAAGUAAUGACACCUGAUAAAUUUAAUACAAUCAGUCAAUUAAAAUCUCAAUGUAUUUUCAAAGAGUCUAACAAUUUACAUAACGAUCGUUACGAAUCAAAUAAUGAAACUGAAAAAGAUAAUGCGACCAAUACUAAAGAUAUGUCUGUCAAUAAUGUUAAAGAUACGACGAACAGAAGAAAAUCUAUUAGCGAUUUAGUUCAACGUUAUAAAAAAGUAUUGGAAAAUACAAAAGAAUGUACAAUAUAUGAUAACUAAACGGAUGUAUCUUUUAUCGUACGUUAUAAUACAAAGCUUCAACAAAUUUUUCCACUUGGCUGGCCCUUUUAUCCAAGAAAAUAUUUUUCUCACACUUUGAGAAGUACUGCUAUGACACGUAAGAAUAGAAAAUUAAUAUUUGUACAAAAUUUAUAUGUAAUAAAUUUUAAAGAUUUAAAAAUA